AUGCCGAGGUUCAAAUCAAAGAAUGUACACAUCCCUCCACAUCAUCAACCCAAAAAGCCUUUUGCUGCCAAAAGGACGAUCUCAGAUGAUGCUUCCUGUGAAAGCGAACAGAAAAAACGCAAGUUGUGCUCUUUGGUAAUUCACCAACGCAGACAUGAGAGGAAAGGUCUGAGAGCUGUGCGCGAAUUUGGCGUAUCAGCAACAAGUUCCUCGGGGCUCUCACUGAACAGCACGGCUUUACCUUCAACCUACGAGACGCGGAUAUCAUAUACACAGGACUUGUCUUAUGACCAAGGAGUGCUCUCGGGCAGUCCAGAGUCCUACGGUAAUGACGGUCCAACAACCUACCAAGAGGCGGGCGUUCCAGAGGAAAUGACGGCGGAUGGCAGCGCGGCUUAUCGGGUUAAUGAAAAGCAAACGAUAUUGCUUGAACAGGAGAGCAAGCACCGCUCAGUGGAUUUUGGUGACAAUCAGGAAGGAUUUCGAAGCGCUAUAAAUGUCAAGGCUCAGGACAUAGUACGUGGCAUCACUGGCCGCACCCGACCUGCUUCUCCCCAACCCAGUGGCAAAGCGUCGUCCGCUCUCAAUAUUGAUGGCCAGCCAGAACCCAAUAGGAGGACGCCAAACAACAUCGAUCCUAGUCUAGUCAAGGACCAUAAUAGCCAGGGCCAAGAGGCGACUCCUUCCCAAAAGACCUUUGAGCCGAACACGCAUGCUCCACUUUUAGAUCAGCUGCCAAUGGCAACGACAAUGCCGGGUGAACAAGGUCGAACACAGAUUUCUUCGAACCUCUCGCAGGCGGUUCCGGAGCAAGUAGCUCAAAUGACCAAUGAGCAGGCUCAGGCAUCUUUAAUUGCCCAACAGCGAAAUAAACGGAUGACUCGAAAUCUUACUCAGCAAUCUGGCUCUGGUCAGCAGGCAGCAGUUCAAGGCGGCCAAGGUCAAACGAUUUCCAACAGUCAGAUCAAUCAAAUGAGAAACUCAAUGAGUCUGCCCAUUGGCGUGCAUCCCAUAGGGUCAAUCCCGCCUCCGCAAGUCCCCGGUCAAAACCUGCCACCACAAGUACUUCCGAAGCAGCAGGAGGAUAAGGCGAUGACCCUAGAGCAAGUCAGGGAAAUGAAUCGUGCGGCCUUCCCACCACCUAUCAUCAAUCACAUCAAACCCUCUUCGCAGAUGCCUAAGCAUAUCCGGACCUGGGGACAACUGAAGCAUUGGAUCACCAACAACCCACAGGCAUCAAACGUAGUUGAUAUCUCCAAACUUAAGGCGCUGCAGAAAUUCCAUUUCAGGCAGAUAAUGGCCUUCCGCACAAAACAUUCACAAGCGCAGCAACAACAGCAUGAAUUCGAUGAUUAA